GACUGCGUAGUAUCGAGUUAGCCAUGGAAAUCCCGUAUGUUGGAUCCCUAAAUCCAAGCGAUUUCACUCAUUUGAGGCCAACAAGCCCAGCUAAAAACUAAAAACCAAACUCCAUUAAUAUUUCGAGUAUUAAUUAACAAGUGCAAUAAGUCAAGAAAGGGUUGUCUUAAAGGAAUAAGUGAUAAGAGAAUAAGUAAAAGCUACUUCAGUACAAUGUCGGUCUUCGACAAUCCCGACCAACUGCGUCAGUUGCAGAGCCUCCUGAAUCCUAGGCAGACUCGUCCCGGCAUCGACUGCAGUAGUAGCGAGGAUGAGGAUGAGUCCAUGGUGGCGCCCAAGCUAACACCUGGCAGCAUUGGUCCUCAGACAGAAGCGGCAGCAGCCUCUUCCGCUCAGGCCAAGACCAAGAAAAAGAAAAACAAAAAGCCCAAUCCCUUGGCCACUCCCUUGGUGGAGGAGCAAAAGAAGCAGCCCGAUACCCUCGAGGAGUGGCAGGAGCAGCAGGAACGUGAGGACAAUGAUAUUCUGGAGACCAGAAAGUGCCCAGAAUACACCAUGACCUACAGCCAGGCCGUGGGUACUGAAGAUGUCUUUCUGCAGAUGGGCAAUCGCACGGGCUCGUCGGCCAGCUGCGAACAUCUUAUUCUGGAUAUUCAUCUUCCCGAUGAGGAGACGACCGUCGACAAGAUGAAACUGACUCUGCAGGAAACGGAUCUGGAUCUGGCCACCGUUCUCUAUCGCCUUCGCCUGCCUCUGCCCCAUCCCGUAGACGUGGACCGCUGCCAGGCCAAAUACAGCACGGAGCUUAGGAAGCUGCGCCUAACGCUUCGAUUACGUCGGGAGCUCGAUUAUGUCAACUUUUAAACAGAAGCGAUUGGCGCUCAAACACGAUACACAACACAUGACAUACGACAUACGACACACGAUACACGACAGAAACUCCAUUUUCUUAGACUCUUCCAACGUUCUCUUCCCUGGUGGUGUCUCUUCCCCUCCCUCACCGGACUCCUGUUGUUACAAAACUUGCAGUGCAAUCCAAUUCGGCAACAUCGGUUCCUCUGCCAACAAGAUCUUUGAAUUAGUCUAACCAAGUAAUCAAUAUUUUUGCAACACAAACUUCUAGGUUCAAACCAAAUCGAACAAAUCAGUGGACGGACAAAUUUGAUGUGCUCGUUGAGCAACCGUAAAAGCCAAAGUUACAAAUGUGGAAUAAUAAAAUUAUUGUUACACCAA